AUAAAAAAUAAACAAACAGACAAAUAAAUAAAUAAAUAAAUAAGACUUUAAAAAAAGCCAACAUAACUGGGCAAGAUCGAUAUCAUGUGACUGUGUGUGCUUGAGAGGGUUGGAGGUGGAAAACACCUGGCUGGCUGGUGGUGGAUAUCUAGCAGGUUGCAGCUCCUCCAAUAGGUCGAACCCUCCAGUACUCUCGUUCUCCUCGUCCCACUUCAUUGCUCCCUGCCGGUGUCAAUCUCUCCGGUAAAACCCUCCCCCCGAGAUAUCAAAUAGGUCCGCGUGGCUCCCGACAUCCCGCACUAUCUGCCCAGACAGACGGCUCCAGCUCGCUCCAUCCACAACACACUCUGUCCAGUGCGUCUCUGCUGCGGUGCGGUGCGGUGCGGAGCGUUGCGGUGCGCAGGGCUUGGAGAGAGAUGACAAGAGCCCCGCGGAACUGGACAGACAAAACAUGGAUCUCCGUAAAACGCUGGUUUCGGUGCUUUGGAUAUUAAUGCUGAACAUAGAAGAAGACUGUCACGCAGAAGAAGUGGUGCUGCUGAAUUCUAAAGAGACUCAGGCAGAGCUGGGCUGGACGUCCUAUCCCCCCAAUGGAUGGGAGGAGAUAAGCGGCGUAGAUGAAAAGUACAAGCCUAUCCGGACGUACCAGGUGUGCAAUGUGAUGGAGCCCUCGCAGCAGAACAACUGGCUGCAGACCGGCUGGGUGACGCGCCGAGGCGGCCAGCGCAUUUUCGUGGAGCUUCAGUUCACGCUGCGCGACUGCAACAGCAUCCCCGGCGUGGCGGGCACGUGCAAGGAGACCUUCAACCUCCUCUACGUCGAGUCGGACCGGGACCUCGGGGGCGUGACCCGAGAGGACCGCUACACCAAGAUCGACACCAUCGCCGCCGACGAGAGCUUCACGCAGGGCGACCUGGGCGAGAGGAAGAUGAAGCUGAACACGGAGGUGCGCGAGAUCGGCCACCUCAACCGCAAGGGCUUCCACCUGGCCUUCCAGGACGUCGGCGCCUGCGUGGCCCUCGUGGCCGUGCGGGUGUACUACAAACGCUGCCUCGCGACGGUCCAGAACCUGGCGGUGUUCCCCGACACGGUGGCUGAGGCGGCCUUCGCCACGCUGGUGGAGGUGCGCGGCACCUGCGUCAACAACUCCGAGGUCGACGCCGACAGCCCUCCCAGGAUGCAUUGCAGCGCCGAGGGGGAAUGGCUGGUGCCCAUUGGGAAGUGCAGCUGCAGCGCCGGCUUCGAGGAGGGACACAGCAGCUGUGAAGCGUGCCCUCGUGGCUCCUAUAAGAUGUCCUCCAGGCAGCAGGAGUGUUUUCCUUGCCCGGCCAACAGCGUCGCAGAGGACGAAGGAUCUGUGGUGUGUGUGUGUGAGGAGGACCACUUCAGAACCCCCCUGGACACUCCCUCAGCACCAUGCACAAGGCCCCCCUCCCCGCCUAGAGACUUGGUCUGCACCUUGAAGCAGUCCACGCUGAUCUUGGAGUGGGCCGCACCGUCCGACACAGGAGGCAGGGUGGAUCUGACCUACAGCGUGGGGUGCCGGAGGUGCGUCGGGAGGCAGUGCGAGCCGUGCGGGGCGAGCGUCGGCUUUGUGCCUCAGCAGGUCGGCCUGACGGAGAGAACGGUCACCGUGGUCAAUCUCCUCGCCAACACCAACUACACAUUCACCGUCGAAGCCUUGAACGGAGUGUCAGAGCUGCUGCCCAACAAGAGGUUCUACACCCAGGUCAACGUGUCUACGAGCCUGCCAGCACCAUCUCUGAUCAGCGAGCUGCGAGCGGAGAAGAUCGAGCAGAAGAGCAUGACCCUGGUGUGGAGGCAGCCGUCUUACCCAAAUAUCAGCCGCACCGAGUAUGAGGUCAAAUACUAUGAGAAGGAACAAAAGGAUCAGAGUUAUUCUACUGUGAAGACCGCCGCCACACGGAUCAGUGUCAACAACCUCAAACCCGGCACCACAUACGUCUUCCUCAUCCGGCCUUUCUCCACGCCGGCUCCCUCCUCAUCCCUGUCCUCCUCUCCUCUGUCAUCAUCCUCUGCCUCCUCCUCGUCUACUUCCUCUUCAUCAUCCUCCUCUUCCUCGUCGUCCUCCUCUUCGCCGCCCAUCGACUACGGAGCGUACAGCGCUCCCCUGGAGCUGCAGACACUUGGCGAGUUGGCAUUGGCGUCCAGCGAACAGAGUCCGGUGGUGAUCAUCGUCGUGGUGUCCGUGGCCGCCCUGAUCAUGCUGCUGUCCAUGGGGGUGGGCCUGCUCAUCUGGAGGAGACAAUGCGGCUACAGCAAAGCUUCUCAAGAGGGAGACGAGGAACUUUACUUCCAGUUUAAGAUCCCAACACGGAGGACCUACAUUGAUCCAGAGACCUGCGAGGACCUGCUGCAGGCUGUGCACGCCUUUGCCAAGGAGCUGGACAACUCGAGCAUCAAGAUAGAGAGAAUCGUGCACACAGGCGACUUUGGGGAAGUGUGUCGCGGCUGCCUGAAGCUCCCCAGUAAGAGGGAGCUGCCGGUAGCCAUAAAGACGUUAAGGGCCGGCUGCUCCGAAAAACAGCGGCGCUCCUUCCUCAGUGAGGCCGGCAUCCUGGGGCAGUUUGACCACGCCAACAUCAUCCGGCUGGAGGGCGUCAUCACCACGGGUAACACCAUGAUGAUCAUAGUGGAGAGCAUGUCCAACGGAGCCUUAGAUUCCUUCCUUAGGAAACACGAAGGCCAGCUGAGUGUAAUGCAGCUGAUGGAUAUGCUGACUGGUGUGGCAUCGGGGAUGAAGUACCUCACCGAAAUGGGCUUCAUCCACAAACGGCUGGCCGCACACAAGGUGCUGGUUAACGCCAACCUGGGCUGCAAGGUAUCUGGCUUCAGACCUCUUCAGGAGGACAAGAUAGAGGCCAUCUACACCACGCUGCACGGAGGGAAGAGCGUGGUGCUGUGGACCGCUCCGGAGGCCAUCCAGUACCAUCGCUUCUCCUCCGCCUCAGAUGUCUGGAGCUUCGGCAUUGUCAUGUGGGAGGUCAUGUCCUAUGGAGAGAGACCCUACUGGGAUAUGGGCAACCAGGAUGUGAUCAAGGCCAUCGAGGAUGGUUUCAGGCUGCCGGCUCCGGUUAACUGCCCUCCACAUCUCCAUCAGCUGAUGCUGGACUGUUGGCAGAAGGAGAGGACGGAGAGGCCCAGCUUCAGUCAGAUCCACUCAGCCCUCAGCAAGAGCAUUCGCUCCCCUGACGGCAUCGGCUCCUCGACACUGGCACGCAGAACCCUGAGUUCAUCCAUCACGCUAGCAGAGAGGCCUCUGCCCUCCUUCCCAGCCUUUAACUCGGUGGGCGAGUGGCUGGACGCAGUGGACAUGGGCCGAUACAAGGACAACUUCACUGCAGCAGGAUACUGCUACUUGGAGUCUGUGGCACGAAUGACUGUACAAGAUGUACUGAGCCUUGGCAUAACUUCCCUUGAGCACCAGAAGCUGAUCCUGGCUGCCAUCCAGACCCUCAGAGCCCAGGUCAUCCAAAUGCACGGCCGCGGUGUGCAGGUCUAACAAACACAGUCGACAUGCCUACUCUCACGCUGCUGCUGGAGACCCCACAGGUGUGUGCAGAUGGAUGAUGGGAUGGAGAAGAGGGGAGAGAGAGAGAGAGAGAGAGAGCUCUUCCAAACUGAAGGAAAAAACGAGCAGCUCUUUCAGCACUCUGUCUGCUCCUACUUCCCACACGUCCUCAUGCCUUCCUCGAUUCCUUCCUUCCUUUUUUCUGUGAAUCCCCUCACAGAGACGAGCGCCGUUACUGACGCGAUUCGAUUGGGGGGGAUAGCAGAGGAGUGAUGUCGCCUGACUUUUUUUUUUUUUUUGUGACCUCUAUCUGCACUUCAAUAACUGUGUCAGCUCCAUCUCACUGGUUCUGGAUCAGUGCGUAAAGACGAAUGAAAUACUGUCUCUAGCAAGAUGGGGUCCGUCUGAAGCUGACCUCUGAGCUGGGGGGAGAAGGGUACUUCGCCGCAAACACGCCGGUUAUGGACUAGUGCUCGAAAGAAACAUUUACAUUUUGGGUGGAAUUUCCCUUUACCAAAACAUUGAUUCACUUAAAAACAAUAUGUCACCAAAGCCAGGAACUCUUUUACUGGCCUUGGAUCAAACUACUCUCCCCCCCAGAACUGGGCACAGCUGAUUUCACCACUAAGCGGAUACAGAAUCAUAUCGUUGUAUAUCAGAUGGUGCGUGGAACAUUACUGAAGAUUAAACACGGCUGCAGUAGCUUAAGAAGACUGUGCUGUCCCACGUCAAGGGUCCAGUAAGAGUAAGGUUAAAGGAACAGGGCUAGCAUCCAGUAUAGUCCUAUAUACAGUAUAUAAAGUGAGCUGACGGGAUGAACACAGCUACGGUAGAUUAUGGGCGACGAUGUGCUGUACUUUCAGGAGCGUCAACCUGCUUUUUUUGGGGGUCCACCGAUGGUUAAACAAAAAGCUGCAGGAUACAAUUGUAAAGGGUUGAAAAGGUGUUCCUUAAUUUGUUGUGUGUCGUAUGUCUUUAUCUGUUUCUUUAUCUCCACUUUGUGCAUUUCAAACAUCUAAUUUUACCCUUCAGCCUGCUGGAUGUCAUCCUGGUUACAUAAUCCUCCUCUCACAACCAUGUUUUAAUACUCUCUAUAGAGCACACGGGCCAACUCUGGAAGAUGGCCUGUGUGUCAGAUAUUUAUUUAUGUUUACAGACUGUAACACAAACAGAAAAGAGGUUAGGAGGGUUUAUUUAACUUAUUGUAUUUAAAAAAAAAAAAGUUAAGCAAAGCAGUUUUGUUUGUAUUUUGUUGAUUAUUAUACGACUGAGUUUAUACCUGAACAAAAGAAGUAGUUUUGAACACUGGAGGGUUUUUACUGUCAGCACACAGUAUCUGUGUAUUCUUGAUCACUGGAGUUGGUACAGUUAAGUUGAGGUCCAUUAUCAUUGGAUUUGCUGUAUACAUUACAGUGUGUGUGUGUGUGUUGCAGUACGGAUACAGUAUUACAGAAUGUCAUGGACUGUUUUUUGUUUUUCUCUUUGUAGCUGAUUAUUAUGUUUAGUCUGAUGUUAGGGAUGUCCAUAAUUAACCGUU